AGAACAGCAAGAAUCGAAAAAUUAAGAGCUCGCAAAAAUAUUUUUAUUAUUCUUGACAAUAAUGGUGUAGUCCAUCUGCGUGUUUAUAGUUUUAUCUGGAAUUUAUUCGUGCUAACGAGGAAUUGAAGUAAUUAGACAGCAAAGCGUUGCAUCAUUCAGACGAACGAAAAAUUCUUAAUUGAAGACAAGGAAGAAGAGGAAGAAAAAAAAAACAAAUAAUAAAAAGGGCAGCAGAAAAAAUGGCAGGCGUUUUUGAUGUAACUGAUAGGAACAGUUGGUAUUUCGGGCCAAUGUCACGACAAGAAGCCACGGAUUUGCUCAUGAACGAACGGGAGGGAGGCGUUUUCUUGGUUCGUGAUUCUACAACAAUUGUUGGCGAUUUUGUCCUGUGUGUUAGAGAGGAUUCCAAAGUGAGCCAUUACAUUAUCAACAAAAUACCGCAAAACAACCAAUUUGUUUACCGCAUUGGCGAUCAAUGUUUUCCUGAUCUUCCGGAAUUGCUGAGUUUCUACAAACUUCAUUAUCUGGAUACGACGCCAUUGCGAAGACCUGUGCAUCGCAAGACAGAGAUGUAUGUCGGAAAAUUCGACUUCGACGGAAGCGAUGCGGAUGACUUGCCAUUCAGAAAAGGUGAAAUUUUGUACAUACUUAACAAGGAUGAAGAACAAUGGUGGACUGCGCGUAACGAAAAAGGACAAAUUGGUCAAAUUCCCGUGCCGUAUAUACAAAAAUAUCAGGAUAAUCGUAGUAAUUCAAUGGAACGACAAUUGUCGACAGGAUUAAAUAAUCAUCAUAGUGUUCACCAAAGUGAAAAUACGUUAAAGAAAAAUAAUUUAAAUAGAAAAUUGCCAGCAUUAGCAAGAGUCAAACAAGCUAGAGUGCCAAAUGCGUAUGACAGAACAGCGCUUAGAUUAGAAAUCGGCGAUACAAUAAAAGUUACCAAAACAAACAUCAAUGGUCAAUGGGAGGGCAUUCACAUGACAACCGGCAAAACGGGCCAUUUCCCAUUCACGCACGUUGAAUUCAUAGAUAAUGAAAAUGAAAAUGAGGAACAACAAUGUACAGACCCAAAUUGUCCAGAAUCGCAAAUGGGUAAUAAUUGGUGUACAGAUGCCAAAUGUAGUCAAGAUAUACAGACGCCCGUUAUUCGAAUUUGAGAAUAAUCGAAUAAGAUUUGCUCUUGAAUACAAAAUUUCGAAUGGAAAUUUUUUUUAAACUAAGUAGUUUAACAUUUUUUUAUGUGACAAAAGUGAAGACUUUUUUUUAGUAUUUAUCGCAUUUAAUUUAACAAAAAAGCAAAAACAUUUAUAUAUUUAAUAAUAAUUCUUGUCUCACUAGUUGUUAAAAAUUUACAAUAAAAAAAAGCUUUUUUUGGUGAAAAAAAUAUUUAUAAACAAUAAUCCAAAACAAAAAUGUAGAGUUUUCGAAUAAUAUAAUAACAAUGAGAUAAUGGAAGAAAAGAGUCAUAUAUUGUAUUUAUUGAUGUAGAUAAGGUAUUUAAACGAGAAGAGUUAUAUAAUUGAAAAACAAAAAGAAAUGAUGGAAGACGAGUGAAAUGUUUGAAAAACAGACAGACAACAAAAGUUUCGUUCAUCAUUAUUAUUAUACUAUACAACAUUCACGCGAGUGCUGCUCAAAACAAAAAAAAAAGAAUUUUAUUAAUUAAAAGAAUUUAAUGUAUAUUUUUUAUGUGUAAUAUACACUUAUCGUGCG